AAGAUCAUGAUGGAAGCACACCUCUACGCUCUACAUGAUUGCAUGUGGAUGGUGCUUGAGGAUGGACCCUUGAAAAUCCAAAUGGAGAAUCCUGAGAGGAAUCCAGCAACUCCAGACGUAGUCCAGUACAUUCCAAAGCCCAAGGAAAAAUGGGAUGAUAGAAAUUGCAAAAAGCACAAUCUGGAUAACGUCGCCAAAGCAGCCAUCUUCAAGACACUUGACCCCAUCACCUUCUCCAAAAUUAAGCACCUCAAGACUGCCAUGGAGAUAUGGCAAGGUCUUGGGAAGCUAUGUGAGGGUUCAGAGGACUUGAGAAAGCAGAAGAUAGAAGUCCUGCUUGAGAAGUUCAAAGGCUUCAAAAU